AAGGCAACAGAGCUCCCGGGACCCUGCCCGGUUAUAGCCUCUUGGCGAACAGCAGUGGGAAAGAGCUGACGGAGGUUCUUUAUAAUUAGAAUCGCUCGGCUCCAUCCAAACAACCCGCUUGGGGCAUGUCAGCGGAGAGAAUUAUGCCUCCCCUCCUCACCGAUCGCUAGAGCAGGGCCAAGCUAGAGCAGCCACCGGGUGAAGAUGUCCAACAAUGGGACAGAAGCAGAAGACAAGCCGCCGGCUCCCCCGAUGAGGAACACGAGCACCAUGAUAGGCGCCGGCAGCAAAGACGGGGGGACCCUGAACCACGGCUCCAAACCGCUGCCCCCCAAUCCCGAAGAGAAGAAGAAGAGGGACCGUUUUUACCGUUCCAUCUUGCCGGGAGACAAAACCAACAAAAAGAAGGAGAAAGAACGGCCGGAAAUCUCCCUGCCUUCAGACUUUGAACACACGAUUCAUGUCGGAUUUGAUGCGGUCACGGGCGAAUUCACAGGCAUGCCGGAGCAGUGGGCCCGUUUGCUCCAGACCUCGAAUAUCACCAAGUCGGAGCAGAAGAAGAACCCUCAAGCCGUCCUUGACGUGCUAGAGUUCUACAAUUCGAAAAAGACCUCCAACAGUCAGAAGUAUAUGAGCUUCACAGAUAAACUCACAGAGGACUACAACUCUUCGAACACACUGAAUGUGAAGACCGUGUCGGAAACACCUGCGGUCCCCCCCGUCUCGGAAGACGAAGACGAUGAGGAUGACGCCGCCCCUCCCCCAGUCAUCGCCCCUCGGCCCGAGCACACGAAAUCUAUAUACACCCGCUCUGUGAUCGAGCCUCUUCCCCCGACCAAAGACGUGGCCACUUCACCGCUUCCUUCCCCGUCAGACAACAACACGACGCCCCCCGACACGCUGACCAGGAGUGCCGACAAGCAGAAGAAGAAACCCAAAAUGACGGAUGAAGAGAUCUUGGAAAAGCUCAGAGGCAUCGUGAGCGUGGGUGACCCCAAGAAGAAAUACACAAGCUUCGAAAAGAUCGGACAAGGAGCUUCGGGCACCGUUUAUACAGCGAUGGAUGUGGCUACAGGGCAGGAGGUUGCCAUCAAACAGAUGAACUUGCAGCAGCAGCCAAAGAAAGAGCUGAUCAUUAACGAAAUCCUGGUCAUGAGGGAAAACAAGAACCCCAACAUUGUCAACUAUCUGGACAGUUACCUCGUGGGGGAUGAGCUGUGGGUCGUCAUGGAGUAUUUGGCCGGCGGCUCUCUGACAGACGUGGUGACGGAGACCUGCAUGGACGAAGGGCAGAUAGCGGCCGUGUGCCGAGAGUGUCUGCAGGCUCUGGAGUUCCUCCAUUCCAACCAAGUCAUCCACCGGGACAUCAAGAGCGACAACAUCUUGCUAGGGAUGGACGGCUCCGUCAAACUAACCGAUUUCGGCUUCUGCGCUCAGAUCACGCCGGAGCAGAGCAAACGGAGCACAAUGGUGGGGACUCCCUAUUGGAUGGCUCCCGAGGUGGUCACGAGGAAAGCGUACGGGCCCAAGGUGGACAUCUGGUCUCUGGGGAUAAUGGCCAUCGAGAUGAUAGAAGGGGAGCCCCCGUACCUCAACGAGAACCCCCUGCGGGCUUUAUAUCUCAUUGCGACCAAUGGGACGCCAGAGCUGCAGAACCCAGAAAAGCUGUCGCCCAUAUUUAGAGACUUCCUUACCCGCUGCCUGGAGAUGGACGUGGAGAAGCGGGGUUCCGCUAAAGAGCUCCUCCAGCACCAGUUCCUGAAAAUCGCCAAGCCGCUGUCCAGCCUCACACCUCUCAUCAUCGCCGCUAAGGAGGCCACGAAGAACAACCACUGAAACGGCCCCGGAGCCGCAGGGAUCGUGCCAAGCCCUUUAAGUACCCCCUUUUUUAAAACAGAUACCCGUUUCAAAGCACUCGUGACUUUUACCGUGCUCAGAGACGUCUGAUCCUGCAAGAACCGGGGUCGGCGCAAAGGAUUCACGUCGAGUCAUGGAGCAGACGGGUGAUUUAACGUUCAGCCUGUGGCCUAAGAAUGGGAAGGAGACUCUUUGUAGGUUUCAAAUGGGUCGUUAGGAGAGCGCCCAAUCCUGAACGACGUGAGGACGAGCCACCGUUCCCCCCCACCCUUUUAACGCGGGGAUUUAAGCGAGGGGAUAGAAAAUCGCACAGGCCGUUCUUUCCCUGAAUUAAAGUUUGUUCCGCCUGUGUUCCCCGUGUCUCCGUUGCAGCCCUGCUACUGAGAGUUUGGAUGACUUGAAAGUGAGAACCGGUAAGGACGCGGCAGGGACAGUUCUUAAAAGUCCCGUGGGAGACAUGCAGCAAACGAUUUCCCAGAUAUCCCAGGUAUCCGGACGUGUGUGUGUGCAUGCACCAGAGAAGACGCUGAAGUCGUGAGAAUGAGCCGUUUCCCCCCCAUCCCGCAGAACACCAGAGGAUUACUUCGAUCACCGCGCCGUGUUUCGGGGACGCUUUGCUGGAGCAAACUUGCCUGCUCAAUUAAAUCCAUCUCGCCGGUUUCUCCGCCCCGCCCUCCGUCUGUCCUUUGGGCGAAAGAAUCUCUUAGCAAUAAUUCACAAGGGUGCCGAUCGGGUGGAAGGUUUCAGGGCUGCAAAACGAGGACAGUAGCUUAAGGGUUAACCCUCAGUCGGCUGCGUUUUCGUAUCCGGGGGUGCUCCCCCCCCCCCUUUCGGGAGUAUUAACAUCUUACUUGUCCGCUUUUGUUUCAUUCUGUAUCCUGUACGUCAGGAAUGGUUAGCUGGUGGCCGUGAGUCGGAUCAGGCCCUGCCAAAUUUUAAUAAAAAUCUGGUUU